AUGAUCGUCCCAAAGGUCCUGGCUGGGCUUUUGCUCUCAGCGGCUCUGCCCACAACAGCACUUCCAUGGCCAUCUCCUAUCCAGGAGAUGGAGGAGUUGCUUGACUACAACUCUACCAUCUCUGCUCGAGCUGAUACCGGAGACUUUUACCUACGAAUCAUGCCCCUGGGUGCAUCGAUUGUCGCAGGGGAAUACUCUCAGGACGAUGCUAAGAAUGGAUUCAGGAAGUUUGUACGCGAUAAAUUACGCGAGCAAAAAUGGGAGGUCAAUAUGGUUGGCAACCGGAACUCUGGCUCCAUGGCAGAUAAUGACCACGAAGGCAUUUCUGGAGAAAUUGUGGAAGAAGUUGCCAAACGUGGUCGAGAGUCUGCGAGGAAAUGGCUACCCAACGUGGUACUGAUCAAUGCAGGAACUAACGAUGCGAAUCGCAAGCAAGACGAUGUCAAUGCUGGACGCACUGGUCUCAAGAUGAAAGAGCUUAUCGAAGGUAUUUUCGCAGAGGUACCGCAAGCUGUCGUUGUUCUGUCCACUCUUAUCCCCAAGGUCGGUAACGAACAAUUCGUGGAGAAGAUUAAUGAUCAGUAUCGCACUAUUUACCGUCAGUUUGUCCCUCUUGAUAAAGACGGCAAGGAGGAGUCGAAUCCCCAGUUCAAGGUCGUUUUGGCCGAGAUGCAGCCAUUUCUGAAGUUGGAAGACAUCCAUGAUAAAACUCAUCCAACCAUCCUGGGCGAGAGAAAGAUGGCAGCGGCUUGGGUCUGGGCCAUUGGUGUUGCUCAUGACCGAGGUUGGAUCCAACCUCCCAAACAAAGCAGCGCAUUCGCCGACGGCGACAGUUCAACGACAUGUCGCAAGGCAUUCGGUAGUGGAGCCUCUGAUACUAGAAGUGGUCGUCAGAUUCUCUUUGCAGCAGAUUCCCUCAUCCGUGAUGACGGCGGCUACCGACACAGUUCUCAGCUUCGAGACGACCGUAAGGGGUCUUUUACCAAGACCAUCGGAGGUGGACCAGACAAAGACAUGACCAAGACAUCCGACAUUUGGUUUGCCCAGCUUGUUAAUCUCAACGGUUCACCCAAGGGCGACGAGCGUGACGAGAUCAUCCUAGCGCCUUCUGAUAAGUCUGAUCGCAGGUUCACCAUGUACGUCAACAAUGGAAACGGAGAGUUCAACGAUGGAUAUUCAAUCGACCCAAAGAUGAGCUGUUCCAAUGCUCAUAUACGAUGGGGUGAUGUGAAUGCCGAUGGUUUGGAUGACUUUAUCUGUGUCCAGGCAAAUGGAGAGCUUUAUGUCUCAAUCAACAAGGGUGGAAGCCCACCGACGUUUCAAAACGUUGGCUUGUACAAGAAGCAGGAGAUGGGACUUGGCCGAGAUAGAGUGCGCCUUGGAGAUAUGGACGGUGAUGGCCGUCUCGACUACUGUGUCAUCUCCAACGCUGGAAACAUUCACUGCUGGCGCAACGGCGGAAUUGGAGACAAGGCUGCAUAUUGGCAAGACAUGGGUGAAGGAUCGCACAUCUUCACGGCCAAGAACAAGGGUGACAUGCGUGGUGUUCAACUUGUGGAUGUCAAUGGAGAUGGCCGAUAUGACUGGACAUGGAUGAGUAUGUCUGGUGAAGUAGACACUUACAUCAACCAACGUGGCGACGGAAAAGGUAUGAAGCCGUACUGGAGAGCAGCCGGCAUUACCCAUGCAGGGCGCCCUUACAGUAUCGGUGAGGACCGAGAGUUUAUCAAGUGGGGUCGCAUCUUUAGCGGACGUCCUUCAUACGUCAACUGGCAGCGUGAGGGUACCCUAUGCAAUGGAGGCGUUACAUGUCGGGUUACCUACCAGGUUUGGGAGAACAAGGGAGAGGGAGGAACUUCACAGAAAGGCGACGGCAUCUUCUGGGGUGACACUACUGGCUCUGGUGUAGACGACUAUGUCUGGAUCUCCAUGCAUGGUGAAGUUAAUGUUUUUGUCAACAAAAACACCAAAACAAAGCAUGACUUCUACGAGACCAACGCUUGGGGAACACCUACCAUGCUCAAGACAAACCUCCCACGCAGAGCAUUGCACAUUGCUGACUGGGAUGGUGAUGGCAAGGACGACAUCAUUGGUGUCACCAACCUCAAGACUGGCGCGCUCAAGGUUUGGUUCAGUCGAUGGUCCAACGGGAAGCACAACUGGGAGGCGCAAUCUAUUGCCGAUCCUGGAAGAGAGUGGUGCACCCAAGGCGUUGGACGACUACCUUUUGACAAUGCCCAUCACUUUGCCGACUUGACGGGUUCUGGAAGGACGGAUUACAUCUGCAUGGCACCCUCCGGUCAGGCUUGGGCUUGGCUCCGAGGCGAGGAUGGUGUGGCUAGACCUUCUGGACAGAUCAAGUACCAUGAGGAAUUGGACCGAGCCAACUUUCAAUUCGCUGAUAUCAACGGUGAUGGGAAAGCCGAUUUGAUCCACAAGGACAAGUUCACCGGCGACACUCGCGUCUGGUACUUUGACAAGGUCGUGUCUGAGGCAGAGAGACCUGGCAACUCUGGCAGCAUCAUCAAGUGGGAUCGACCCCAGAGGCUGUUCCGUGGAUCAGUGCGAGGACCAGACACUCAUUAUCCCCGAUUGAACAAUCAGCGUCGCGCCGACAUGGUCUACGCAAAGGCCACCAAUGCACAUGCUCACAUUUCUUUCAACACCUGCCCUGCUGGAGGAGACGACGACAAGACAGACACUGAUCUACCCACCUUUACUCCUCCUGAUCUCAACCCAGACCCAGAAAAUGACUGGUUCUGUGACAAGGGCAAUGGAGCCAAGUGGACAGACAGUCUCUGGCGUCAACACGGCGUUGGAACUUGGUUGCGACAGAGGACUGAUUUAUACAGCUCAGCAGAGAAUCAGUGGCCCAGCGAUGGAAACGCCAAGGGUGUUCCACGUAUUAUCGCCGAGUAUGAUGUUUACCAUCGUGACCAGACAUACAACUGGCACACAAGUUGUCUCAACAUCGAUGAUACUUGUGAUUUGAAGAAUCCUCCCGAGUUGGCUGCCGACUGCUCAAAGCAUCAAGAACGAGGUUUUGCCCUUUGGGCCAUGAGCAACUUUGCCCAGUUUCAGCAGAAGUGGUAUGAAGCUGUCGAGAAAGGUAUCGAGAGCGCCAAGAGUUCUUCCGCAACUAUCGCCAGCACAUUUUUGCCCGUCUCGGCUGAAGACGCCAUGGCCAACCCUGCCGCCUGGCUCACCAUUGUGGCAGGCAUCUUCACAACUAUCGGCAGUGUAACGCCAGGUAUCAUCAACAACGGAGCCAACCUUGCUGGAGGUGCCUUUACUAUUGCUGCGGGUGCAACGUCAUUUGCAGCAGACUUUCCCAAACCAAGUCUCGAGUUUCAGACGUUUGCCGAUUUGAGCGACACACUCGAAAAGCUCCUUACCUUUUCGAGGAAUGCCAUGGGUGCGCAGUAUGAUCAAUACUUUGUUGAUACACCACCGAACAAUGACCGAGAUCGUGGUUCUGAGCUAGCUCGCGCCCUAGAGUCUGGAAUUUGGGCGAAUCAGGAUAUUGCGCAGGCUGGUACUGAUUCUAUUUGGAAGACGGAAAAAGUCAAACAAAUGAUUCAGGCUGCUAUGAUUAGCGAGGUUUGGAACGGUGGAGAAGUUGCCAUCUUUAAGUGGUCCAAGGACCACACACUGGCCAAAGAUUGGGGUUUCAAUCCUUGCUUUGGCGGUAACAAGUAUGGCAUGGAUAAGCACAUUGCAUGUGUUAAUGGCCAGAACUACCUCAUUGCCAAGCAGAUCACCAAGGAUGAACAAGGUGAUGCCGAAACAUGGCCCGAGAUUGGAUCUGAUGAAAAGUCUCUUGAUAACUACGGUCUCAACCACGUCACCGUCAUCGAUGCUGCGGAGAGAACCCAAGAGCGCGGCCAACAAUUCAUUCCCCGUGGGCUUAAAAAUCUCGGACAACUCUUCACUGCCGGUGCCAAGCAGCCCGAGAAGGAUGUCCAAGCUUACAUGACCUACUUCAACGUCCCUGCGGAGGCGAGAUUACUCGAUGGGCAAGGUCCUUCAAUGCCAGACAUUGACUGGUCUAACCCCCAAUCGUUCCUCAGCGCAAUGGGGGGUCCCAUGCCUGAGCUUCCCUCACCUGCCAAGGUUCGGCAACAAGCUACAGAUUAUUCAUCCAAGAUCUUUGCGAGUUACAACUCUCUGAAGGGUAUUGUUGAGCGACAUGAGGCUACCAUUCAAAAAAGAUGGACAAAAAAGACUCGUCAGCAGAGACUCCAGAUUCUUCUCAAAGCAUGGCCGGGUAUGCCAACCUCCCACCGCCCAGACUUUGAGGCUUUUCGAAAAGAGUCUAAGGAGGAGCGAGAGAGGGGAACAAAAUUCAAGGAUCACUUUAUGUGGCCCUACAUCAACCAGGAGGACCUAUCUCAGUCUAAGCUCAUGCUUCUGUUGAUAAACUCCAGGGGCCGUAGACCACCGCCUGCGUUUGCGGCAGCUGAUAACGACGCAAUGCACCUAGGCAGGGUGACAAAAGCACUUUUGGCCAUAUUUCUUAAUGAACAUACCAUGGUAUUGCAUGGUGCCACGAGGGCUGAGGAGUAUGGAAAGCUUGUUAACUGGGAUUCUCAUCCAGACGCUUUUGAGUGGAUGCAUACCCGCAAGCAAUUCCUCCCAGGCGAGGGCCUUUUGAUUCUUGAGGCACAAUCUCGUUUGAUGGUAUUCUUGGUUGAUUGCUGCCGUCAGAUUCUGCACGAGAUCCCCGAGGAAACUAUCGCCAGCGAUGUCUAUCCGGUUCAACCUGAGCCUCAGCUAAAGGCAGAUAGCGAUGCAUCCGGAUUUCCUUCUUUGGCAAUCAUGGCCACCGAAGCUCCUUACAGACUACCAGCAGAGCUUGACCUCAGUCGACUCACCUCUUGCCUCGAGGCCAGGAAGUUGGCAGCAGAGGAUCACGUCUGGUCACUCCGCGAAGAUCCUGCGUACUUUGCCGACCAAUUCCGCGAGAUACAAGAUCAUCGACAGGAAAUGCUAUCUGAUACUCAGGGAAAGCCUCAUCCAGCGACUCAGAAGCUUCGUGUGAACACUCUCUGGACGCGUGUCACUUUUUCUAUGAUGAUGGAUGCUUACGCAAAUCUCGAAACGCUUACUGAACUUCAUCGCCAAGCUCAAGAUCUCAGCGCCAUGCAGAAAAAGUUCGAAAAGGAGAUACAGGCCACGAGGGAGCUGCCCAAGGAGUAUAUGGUUGCACUCCUUCGUUUCAGGUAUAACCUACAACAGGCCUCUAAAGGACCGUUGGAGAACCUCAAAAUCACUGUGACUGCCUCGCCGCCGAUGCGCAAGUUCUUUGUUCGCGACCCCCCUCCCGACUCAGAAACUACCAAGAUCUUGAUAAGAAGCAAGCCCGGUGUCAAGAUGGACAAAGUUGAAAGCCACCUGAUCUGGCUCCUUCGAAUACUCUGGGAAGAUGACUACGAACUAUUUCUCGCGCAUCCGCCGAUCGUGGUAGACGAACUGGAGCGUCUAUUGCAAGCCGAACCUAAAGCUGAUGCGCUUAUAUCUGCCCACGUAGCCAAGACGAUCGGAGAGUUGGCUAUUCUGACGCAGUGCCAGAAGCAGCUUGAGCUUUACCAGCCAUGGGCCCAACAGUUUGAAAUGGCUUCCCCGGAACAUGAAGAGAGUUUCAAGAAGGAUUUCAUUGCCCUGCAAAAGCCAAUGACACAGCUUCAUGGCGCAUUUCUACAAAAGCACCUAGAUAGCGCCGCAAGACUAGGCGAGCCAUCUGGUGGAAAGUUCACCUACCCUUACGAUAAGCGACGCACAAAAGAGACCGUAGACGCCCUGCGACAGGCUGAGGCGAAUCUCGAUAUGUUUUGGGCGAAUGUGGACAAUGUAACCAAAGCCAGGGUCACAUUAUUCGAAGGCACAGCGUUGUAUCGCCUUCUUUCGCAACCGCGCAUUUUGAGACGAACUGCAGAGUGGGUAGAUCCUGUGAAGAAAAGUGAGAGUGUCGAGACUAGCUUGGAGAAAGAUAUCUGGGCUCUCAACCGCCCUAUGUCAAAUCUGUUCCUUGGACAGUCUGAGCAAACGGGGCAAAACUCUAGUUCCAGAAGCGUUCGGUCCAAGACCAAGGUCAAAACCAAGGGUGAAGGAUCUCAAGUGCCCAUCAACACUCAACCAGUCGACGCCCCAGAUUUCGAAACAGCCACCGAUAAGCAGCCAACUUUUUUCGUUAAUGCACGAGUACUAAAAGUAUUCCGCACACUGUUCUUCAACCCUGAAGUAACAUCAACACCAGGUUCCGUUCCAUGGCAUGACUUUCUCUAUGCUAUGACUUCUACUGGUUUUCAAAUCGAGAAGCUCUACGGUUCAGUUUGGCAGUUUUCUCCUACUAGUGAAAGUAUGAGUGUUGAGCGGAGCAUUCACUUCCACGAGCCUCAUCCCAAGGGUAAGAUCCCUUUUGAGGUUGCUCGACGCCAUGGUCGUAGAUUAACGCGUGCUUAUGGUUGGCAUGGUAGUAUGUUUGUGCUGAAAGAGAAGGAGUAA